ACUUGUGGUUUCUGCACACAAACUGCUCAUAUCAAUACAUUUUGUUGUGUCAGCUGAGUUUACUUUUGUUUGCUGAUAAUAUGAGGACAUGAAUUACCUUGGAGUCAUUUUUUGAGUCUGGAUUUCAUCUCAGUUUGUGUUUUCUGGUCUACUAGUGACAUCUUGUGGAUGUUGGAGAACAUCACCAGAGCUGAGACUUCCUCAUCAUACAAGGUACCAAAGGCACUGAGCAGCUCAUGGAGUCCAUCAUCAGAGGAGACUUUGAGACGUCUGUAUCAUUGAAGUUGUGUCUGCAUCCAGAAAGUAGAGAAGUCACCAAACAUGGCUUCUACAGGACAGUCGGCCUUAGGUCACGUCAGGAAUGCCAGAAAGUACCUUGUGGGAAAAUUAAAGAAUCUCUCAGUGAUUCUGGACAACUUGAACCAGGAGAACUCAAAGCAGCAAAGAGUUUUAAUUGAUGCAGCGGUCAGAGAAAUACAGGCAAAGACAAAUGAUGACGAUAAAAUCAGAGACAUAGUGGACAGAGUCAUCAAACAGGGGGAAGCUGCCUGCUACGAGUUCCUCAGGGUCAUUUACUUGACCAGAAAGAGGACCUUAGAUGUUGACCUGCACCACUGGAUCAUCAGCUUUCCUUUCAGUGAAGACACACAGAUGGAUAUAAACCACUUACAAGGCUCAACACCAUGCCACAGAUAUCAGGCAAAGCUAAAGUUAAAAGCAAGAAAAAUAUCAAAUAACUUUUGGAUGGCAAACAGAAAUCUGUUUAAAGAAAACAACAAGCCUGAUCUGCCCUACAUGACACUUGUAUUAGACACACAAGGAAGUGUUUCUCCAUCUAAAACCAAGAAAUUGAAGUGCAAGAAAAGCAAGCUGAGUCGCCGCAAAAAGCUAAAGAAAUACAUCCCAGAGGUCAAAGCAGAAACUUCCCCCAGUGACCUGCUGAAAAGAAAUGGAAACAUACUCUUGGUUGGUAAGCCUGGAAUCGGUAAAACAGCACUUGCUCAUGAAAUGUUAAAACUCUGGGCAGAAAGACAGAACAAGGAGCUUGAUUACAUGUUUUACUUCGACAUGAGAGAAACAGCCCACAUCAGAGAUGACUCGAGCUUGGAGGAUCUUCUCUUCAGUGUGUUCAGUGAACCGGAUGAAAGCAAAGAAGAAGUCUUACAGGACAUAAAGAGUAACUCUGACAAUGUUACACUCAUUUUUGAUGGAAUCACAGAUCUGUCUUCAUCAGUGGUGAAGAGACUUGUUGAGAAGGACCUGCUACCUGAUGCCAAGAUCAUUGUGACAUGUAGACCAGAUGAUGAAGACGAGUUCUCUUCUGAGGACUUUCUCAGAGUGGAAGUAAAAGGCUUCAGUGAGCAGACCAUAAAAACAUACCUCUCUGCAAUGCUCGGAGAAGAACAGGAGAAGGUUUUGAGGAACGUGGAGUUGUUAACUCUUUGUCACGUCCCAAUGUAUGCACUGAUGGUGGCUGCCUGCUUUUCAUACGAGACACCAGAAGACUCUCCACAGCCAUGUACCAUGACUGAGAUCUACAUCAGCAUUGUUCGUCAUUGCCUCCAAAUAAACAGCAACAACACAAAAAAGAAACAUCUCAAUUCCUUCAUCAAAACAAAGGGGAAGGCAUUACUGUCUUUGGCUGAGGUUGCUUUUCAUGCAACUGAAGGUAAAAGUGUGAACCUGACAGAAUGUCCCUGUGAAGACAGCUGUGUCCUUUCCUUCCUGAAACCACUUUUUGUCGAAGUUGGCCCGACUGAGACGAUAACCACAUCCGCGUUCCUCCACUACACUAUGCAGGAGUUUUUUGCAGCAGUGUGGCUCGUGAAGAAUCCAGAUAAGAUCAAGGAUGUUUUUCAGCAGUGCCUCACUGAGGAGAAGAAACACAUGAAACAUCUGAUCCCUUUCAUGUGUCGACUGUUGAAUGAGAAGAGCCCGAGUUUGAUGAAGUGUCUGAUUCCAGCCGAAAAGCUCAAGAAUACUUCCAACUGGUUCUUUGAGGAGAUGAUAAGCACACUUUCCCCUCAUCUGUGUAAGAAAGAUGACGCUGAUCCUGAGGACAGUGAGCUUGAUGUGGACAUUCUGUUCCUAUGCCAGUGCUUGUAUGAGUCCCAGUGUCCUGAAGCAUGCCUCGACCUUCUGCACAAACUGGACUACCAUCUGGAUCUCAGUGGAGAGAGUCUCGACCCUUACCCUUGCUGUGCUGUGGCUUAUGUGGUCACUCAGUUAAAGGAGAGGAAAAUACAUCUGAACCUUGAGGACGUAAUGGUAUCAGAACAAGGAAUGAGACGACUAUUUGGAUGCCUUAAAAAUGCCCAAUGGAGUGGCCCUCUGCCACGGCAGCUGUGGGAGAUCUUCCUUCUCAAUGAAGGCCAGAUGAGACACCUCAGCUUACCUGGCCUUGAUGAAAAUGAGUUGCACCUUCCAGUUGAGGGUAAAAGACAUCUGUUUGAAAGAGCAGCAACAUUCAUGCAGAAGAGAACGACAAAGGUUAAUGUCUGCCUCCACUGGGAAAGGAAAACUCCAGUCUGCCAGAGUCUGUGCAGGUUCUUCUUUGAGGCUUUGCCACACAUCCGCUCACUCAGCUUCAGGAUGCCCUGCAGAGGUUCAGGACUACAGGACCAGCAGCAAUGCCUUGGGACACUGCAGAGGGAAGAAAGGCAGCUGCUGCUGGAUUUAUGCCUGAAAGCAGCACUUUACAAAGAAGAAAACUUUCAUGAUGUAGUGAUUAACCUCCUCUCAUUGUUUUCUGUUAACACUGAGCUGCAUAACAUCCUUCUUGAUUUUUAUCAACAUGUCAAGAAGGAAGAUUUUCCAGGUGUCAUUCCAAAACUAAGGCCACUGUUCCAGUCAGCUCCUGCAGUCUGGACCAUAAACCUCUCAGAGAGAAAGACCUCCAUCCUCCUGGAAGUGCUGAAACUCCAACCACAGAAGAAACAAGUGGAGCUGAGAGGCUUCUCAGAUGAAGAGAGUGAAGUGAGGAGUUUCCUACAGUGUCUGCCUUAUAUCUCACAGCUCAGUUUUGUGCCUCAGUCAUCAGAACCUUCAGAAGAAAUCAAGUUCUUUGGGAAUCUGUUUUGUGCAGCAGCAGAGAGAGAACAGCAGACAGGAGAGAAGAUACUGCAGCUGUUAUCAUCACUGUGCAGAUAUAAAAGAAAACCUCUAAAAGAUGUCAGGUGUGAUUUCCUGCUGGAUCUGUUCUCCCACCUGAAGGACUAUGAGACUAAAACAGGCCUGAGUGUCCUUCCAUCAUUACAGUCAGUUUUCCAGUCAGCUCCUGCAGUCUGGACCAUAAACCUCUCAGAGAGAAAGACCUCCAUCCUCCUGGAAGUGCUGAAACUCCAACCAGAGAAGAAACAAGUGAAGCUGAGAGGCUUCUCAGAUGAAGAGAGUGAAGUGAGGAGUUUCCUACAGUGUCUGCCUUAUAUCUCACAGCUCAGGUGUGAUUUCCUGCUGGAUCUGUUCUCCCACCUGAAGGACUAUGAGACUAAAACAGGCCUGAGUGUCCUUCCAUCAUUACAGUCAGUUUUCCAGUCAGCUCCUGCAGUCUGGACCAUAAACCUCUCAGAGAGAAAGACCUCCAUCCUCCUGGAAGUGCUGAAACUCCAACCAGAGAAGAAACAAGUGGAGCUGAGAGGCUUCUCAGAUGAAGAGAGUGAAGUGAGGAGUUUCCUACAGUGUCUGCCUUAUAUCUCACAGCUCAGACGCUCAGGUGAAACAAAGUUCUUUGGGAAUAUGUUGUGUGCAGCAGCAGAGAGAGAACAGCAGACAGGAGAGAAGAUACUGGAGCUGUUAUCAUCACUGUGCAGAUAUGAAACAUUCCCUUUUCAUCGCCUGGGUUAUUAUGAUGAUGAUCAGCAAUAUCAGAGUGGUUUCCUGCUGGAUCUGUUCUCCCACCUGAAGGACUAUGAGACUAAAACAGGCCUGAGCGUCCUUCCAUCAUUACAGUCAGUUUUCCAGUCAGCUCCUGCAGUCUGGACCAUAAACCUCUCAGAGAGAAAGACCUCCAUCCUCCUGGAAGUGCUGAAACUCCAACCACAGAAGAAACAAGUGGAGCUGAGAGGCUUCUCAGAUGAAGAGAGUGAAGUGAGGAGUUUCCUACAGUGUCUGCCUUAUAUCUCACAGCUCAGUUCAUCUCCCUCCUUCAGCUCAGGUGAAGCAAAGUUCUUUGGGAAUCUGUUCUGUGCAGCAGCAGAGAGAGAACAGCAGACAGGAGAGAAGAUACUGGAGCUGUUAUCAUCACUGUGCAGAUAUGAAGCAUUCCCUUUUCAUCACCUGGAUGAUGAUGAUGAUGAAUAUUAUCAGAGUGAUUUCCUGCUGGAUCUGUUCUCCCACCUGAAGGACUAUGAGACUAAAACAGGCCUGAGUGUCCUUCCAUCAUUACAGUCAGUUUUCCAGUCAGCUCCUGCAGUCUGGAUCAUAAACCUCUCAGAGAGAAAGACCUCCAUCCUCCUGGAAGUGCUGAAACUCCAAACAGAGAAGAAACAAGUGGAGCUGAUAGACUUCUCAGAUGAAGAGAGUGAAGUGAGGAGUUUCCUACAGUGUCUGCCUUAUAUCUCACAGCUCAGCUGUGAUCCAGAGUUCUUCCAGAGUGUCUGCUCAUGCAUCUCUGUCAGAUCCAGAGAAGAGGCUGAGCAGUUGGUCUCUCUGCUGCAGCUGCUGGGGUUCACCCUGCUGUUAACAGGAGGGUUAAGCACCAGAUGCUGCCGGUCGGUGGGGACAGUUCUCGGACUCUGUGGCUCUGAUGUGGAUCUCAUCCUCAAACCAGGAGAGAUGUCUGUCGAAGAAGCCUCCCUCCUCUUUAGUUCUACAGUACAACUGCACAGUCUGACGCUUUCCCAUGACAGCGCCUUGCUACUGUGUGGAUGGGUAAAAAAAGGGAGAGUGGCCUGUUCAGUGACUAUUGAAGAGCUUUCUCUCUCCCCUCAGACAGCCCGUCCAUCUGAGAAAGUGUCGUUGAAGGUUGACAGUGGUUUGGCGUCCCUGCUGAGAUACUGGAAAAUCAGACGGUUAAACCUGACUGAGUUCUGUGUUCCUGCUCUGAGUCUCAUUCCACUGCUGCUUCAUGAUGGCUCUCUAACAAUCAGACUGAGUGAGGACACUGUCCAGCAGUUCCUCUUCCUCCUCCAUGAAAACCAGGACGGGGACUUGACUCGGUCCUUCUUGAUCAAGGUUGGUGGAGACCUGAGCUCCUGCUGUCUGAACUGGGAGCUUCUUCACUUUCUGCUGCAGCAGUCGUCAGCUCAGACCAUCACUGUGAACCUGAAGAAGAACAGCUUCUUACAGGAGAGCAUCACACGUCUGCUUCCCUUCCUGGACAGGGUUGUGUUGAAAAGGCUCAGUCCCAGCUUUGUGUUGACUGCCGUCAGAGAGAUCUAUCAUGCUGGUGCCAGUCCCAGUAUACCCAGUUUACUGAGGUCACUGAAUCAUGUGAUCAGCCUGACCUGCAGAGAGAUGGACUCUGUGGACUGUGCUGCUCUGAUCUUCACCCUCAGACACAGUGACAAAGUUAAACUGAACCUCAUGUGGACGUCCAUACCAGCAGGGGAAGUAAAGUCCAUCAUCUUGAUGCUGGACAAAGUUUCUCAACUGAGUGUUGACAGGAAGCUGCUGCUGAGGUUGGUCCACUGUUGUGCUUCCUCUGACGUCCAGCAGGAGGCAGCGGUCGUCCUGCUCAGGUCUCUGCAGCACACACUGGAUCUGUCCUGCUCCUCCUGUGUGGAGCUGUUAGACCAGGAUCAGAGUGACACUCUCAGUCUGACUGCUGAUGACUGCAGGGCCGUCUCCACCAUCCUGAGACACAGCAGCAGCCGGGACACACAGCUCAUCCUGCAGGACUGUGAGGUGGAGGACAGUGGACUGGACCUGCUGUUUUCUGUCCUAGACAGAGUCUGCCUCAGAGCCAGUAAAGCUGUCCUCCUCCAGCUGGUGUCUCUGGUCUCUGUGAACAGUGAGAGGGACUCGGUGAGACGGGCAGAGUCCCUCUGUAGAGCUCUGAAAGCAGAGCUGGACCUCAGUCACAGCUCCCUGGAUCAGAGGACCUGUGAAGCCUUGGCCCUGAUGCUGGACUUCUGUGCAGAGCUGACAGAGCUGGACCUCAGUCACUGUCAGCUCACAGACCAGCAGCUGCUCUCACUCUGCUCACAGCUGCACAAAGUACAAGUCCUGGAUCUGAGUCACAACAACAUCACUGAUGCUUCGACUGACACGUUACUCCAACUGGUCUCCAUCAACCCCGGCAUUCAAACUGUGCGACUCUUCAGAAACAACAUUGUGGACAGAAGCUCCUUUCAGAAAGACAAGCGGUUUGAAAUCUGGUGAACCAGUCGUCAGUGGGAUGCUAUUAACUGUUUCAAGUCUAAUGAUCUUUGGAAGAAAGUAUUACCUGUGGUACCUUGAUUUUUUUUUAUUAAGGCAAAACAAAUAGAAGCCAACUGUUACCUCAGUGACAACUGUGUUUUUUUAAUAUUGUGAUAACUAUUUUUUGGGAUGAAUGUUUAGCUAUAAUUAACAAGGCAAAAAAAAGCAUGUUCAAUAAGUUGAGAUGACAGAAAACUAUCUAAAGAGAACAAUCUUAAAAGUGUAAAUAUGAGUAUAUAUUUUAUUUGACAUUUUAAAUGGAGAAAAUUGUUCAUUUCCUCUGUCCGUUCUCAUUUCCUCAUUAAAAUACCUCUUUUACUGUAAACUGCAGUAAUCAGCGUUUUCUUGACUUUUAGUUUCACAGAAUAAAAUCUGAGUCAACCAGUUACCAGCUGAGUGACUUUGUGUCACAAACAGACCUCGUUCUAAGACUUCUAAGGUGCAUUGUCAUAGGACCAAUGUCAUAUUUUCUUGUAAUGCAACAGCUAUUUUAAAAUGUUGUGAAAUGUACAGUUGUAAAUAUAUUCAAUAAACAAAU